AUGGUCAUCCGAACCAUUCGGAAAGAGAAGGAGAACCUUCCUUAUCAAAGGCAGAAUGUCGUGGGCUUCUUCUGUGUGGCGAAAGUGGGCGACAGCGAGCUAUUUGGGGUCAUCAAAGCGGAGAAGCGAGAUGACAAUGGGAAGAAGAUUGCAUACCAGGUGGAGCUGUAUGCGAUCCCAAAGCCGAAGGUCAUCGCAGCCUCUGAUGUCAAGCACUCCAAAGGAAGUGGCUUUGAGAAAGCUAGGGAGAAGCUGGAGGCGAAAGCUGAAAGCCGCGAACUGAAGCGCCCAGAUUCGUUGCUCGUUAAAAACUGGAAGAUGUACAGAGAAUACUGUAGGGACGGCUGUGAGGCCAAGUUCUUUGGUGGCUUCACCAAGUGA